AAAGGACGCGCGAGGUGUGGGGAAGAAGCCCUAUCUAAGCAGCUGGACACCAGGAGCUGAGGGCACCGGAAUUGGCCACACCGUGCCCCUCUCUGCUGCAGCCAGGAUGGUUCUGAGGGCGGCUCGGACAGGUCUCUGGGCUGGUCAAGGCUGUUCUGCUUGCUUUGCGGUCCUGGUGCUGCUCCAGAGCUGCUCGGGUCCGAUGAAGGCCUGGACUCACGGCCUGGUGAGCACCACCCAUGGGCCCGGUUCUGCGUACAAACUGGUCUGCUACUACACCAGCUGGUCCCAGUACCGGGAGGGUGAUGGGAGCUGCUUCCCAGAUGCCAUCGACCCCUUCCUCUGCACCCACGUCAUCUACAGCUUUGCCAACAUCAGCAACGAUCAGAUCGACACCUGGGAGUGGAAUGAUGUCACUCUCUACGACACGCUGAACACGCUCAAGGACAGGAACCCCAACCUGAAGACCCUUCUGUCUGUGGGUGGAUGGAGCUUUGGUUCUCAAAGAUUUUCCAAAAUAGCCUCCACGACCCAGAGUCGUCGGACUUUCAUCAAGUCGGUGCCGCCAUUUCUGCGAACCCAUGGCUUUGAUGGGCUGGACCUGGCCUGGCUCCACCCUGGGCGGAGAGACAAGCCCUACUUCACCACCCUGGUCAAGGAAAUGAAGGCUGAGUUUGCAAGGGAAGCCCAGAGGGGAGCAGGACAGCUCCUGCUCAGCGCAGCCGUGUCUGCAGGGAAGGUUGCCAUCGACAACGGCUAUGACAUCGCCCAGAUAUCCCCACACCUGGACUUCAUCAGCGUUAUGAGCUAUGACUUUCACGGAGCCUGGCGUCAGACCACAGGACAUCAUAGCCCCCUGUUCCGAGGCCUGGAGGAGAAAAGUGCUGACAGAUUCAACAAUGUCGACUAUGCCAUGGGCUACAUGUUGAGGCUGGGGGCCCCAGCCAAUAAGCUGGUGAUGGGCAUCCCCGCCUUCGGGAGGAGUUUCACUCUGACCUCCUCCAAGACGGGUGUGGGAGCCCCAAUCUCCGGGCCCGGAUUACCAGGCCAGUUCACCAAGGAGGAAGGGAUCCUGGCCUACUAUGAGAUCUGUGACUUCCUCAAGGGAGCCGCGGUCCAUAGACUCUCUGCCCAGAAGGUCCCCUAUGCCACCAAGGGCAACCAGUGGGUGGGGUACGAUGACCAGGAGAGCGUCAAAAACAAGGUUCAGUACCUGAGGAGCAGGCAGCUGGCUGGUGCCAUGGUGUGGGCUGUGGAUCUGGAUGACUUCCGGGGGUCCUUCUGUGGCCGGGGUCUGCCCUUCCCUCUCACCACUGCCAUCAAGGAUGCGCUCGCUGCGGCUUAGCCCUUGUUCUGCACACGGUGGGGCAGGGCUGCCCCUCCCCUUGGCUCCAGCCGGCCGGGAGCCAGAUCGCCCACCCUUCUGAGUCCCCGACUAAGCCUCAGUCUCCCUCCCUUGGACCCCACGCAGAGAGCCACAGUGAAGCCAUCUGAGCUCAGCUCCAGUGGACAAGCAGGUAGAGGCAGGGCCACGGGCAGGUAAGGCCUGGGGGCCAGCACAGUGUAAGCCACGGGGACAGCACACACCUGCUGCUUUAUGAAAAUGCUCAAUGACCCCAGCCCCACACACGGGGACUUCUCCAACUCCCUUACCCCCAAGCCUCCUUGCCAAAGGACCCCAUUUUGGCCAACUCUACCACCGAGGAGCCAAACGUCACUCUCAAAGGAGCGGCCACAGUAAUUACACCCUCAGCGAAGCCCAACUUGAAACCUGCACCCAGGAAUGUUAGGUCUGCCCUCCUACUUCCCUUUCCUAAUUGCCCAGCGGCUGCUCAAUAAAUCACCAGAGUUUAAUGGUG